CACACCCGAGCACGGCACCGCCCUCCUGGCAGGAGGAAGAGGAGGAGAAGGACGAGGAAGGAGGCCCGGGGCUGCCCCGCCCCACGGCCAUCUGUGACCGUCCGGGGCCACGCCGCUGUGCAUCUGCCACGCUGCUCCCCUGCCGAAAUGCCCCUUUUCAGCGUGCCCAAAGAAGUGGCGGUCGGGGCGGCGAUGCUGGGGGUUGCCUUUGCCACGGGGAUGCUGGCAGGUAAAAGAUAUCCAUCGUUAGGUUUUGGUACACCCAAAUCGUCCAAGAGUACCAUUGGGAAAAACAGUCCUCUCUUGCAGUACAUACUGGAUCACUCUUUGAGGGAACACCCAAUUCUAAAGAAGCUGCGACUGCUCACUGCUGAUCAUCCCCAUGGUAAAAUGAUGGUGUCCUGUGACCAGGCUCAGCUUAUGGCAAAUUUGGUCAAACUCAUUAAAGCCAAGAAAGUUAUCGAGAUAGGUGUUUUCACAGGUUACAAUACCUUGAAUAUGGCACUUGUCCUGCCAGAUAAUGGCAAAGUUAUUGCCUGUGAUAUAAACGAAGACUAUGCCAAAAUUGGAAAGCCACUGUGGAAAGAGGCAGGAGUAGAUCAUAAAAUUGACCUGCGGAUUAAGCCAGCAAUUCAAACACUUGACGAACUGUUGGCCAGUGGAGAAGCAGAAACAUUUGACUUUGCUUUCAUUGAUGCGGAUAAAGAAAGCUACAUUGAGUACUAUGAAAAAUGUUUGCGCCUCAUAAAGAAAGGAGGAAUAAUAGCUAUUGACAAUAUCCUUUGGGGUGGAAGAGUGCUAAAACCAAGAAAGGAUGACUUGGCAGCCCAGACCAUCCACCAACUCAACGAGAAGCUUCUCAGGGAUGCACGAAUCAAUAUCAGCAUACUUCCAAUGGGGGAUGGAGUCACAUUAGCAUUCAAGUUGUAACUGGAGGAAGCCCAGCAUCAAAUCAUCAGGACAAACAAGUGGACCAGCAUCAAAAAUGAGUAUUUAACCUAUAUCUCCGCUGGAUAGCAUAGCCAUGAAAAGUAGACUCUAGGAGCAGCAGGAUUCUAAGAGCACCUAACUUGAGAGACUUGUUUUGAAAUCUACUAUGGUUUCUUAUUUCAACUGUAAUAAAGCAAUUAAGAUCUA